AUUCCUAUCAUCUCUGAAACUGAAGUGAACAUUUGAAAUUCAGAGCACAGAACUCUAGCCCUCCAGCUCUCCAUCCCCGCAGCCACCGCAGCCCCGCAACCACCGCAGCCACCGCAGCCCCGCAGCCCCCACAACCCCGCAGCCACGCUUCGUUGUUAUAGCCGAACUCGUCUCCACUGGGUAGAGGCAUCUCGUGCGGAAGCUCCGUAGCGGUCGCAGGAGCUGUGUCGCCGUUGUAGGAACCUCCGUCGUCUCUUCUGUUCGAGCUCUAUCUCUUUGUGUUUGCCGGUGUCGUCGUCUCCUCUGUCGUGGCCGUCACUCCCGUUCCUUCUCGCCGCCCGUAGGUGGUGUCCUCUUUCUUUGCCCUUGAAGAGGCAGCUUCAUGGUGGAGGAGUGCUCUUUGGUGGAGGACAUUUUUCACCACAGCAGUAGUUGCUAUUGUUUUAAGAGCUGCAAUUCAGCUUUGCGCCACCAGGAAAUGCGGCUUAUUCGGAGAAGGUGGUCUGAUAAUGUAUGAUAUUGGUUCUUCCCAAGGUCCCGAAUUCUACGCUGACAAAUCCUGCCACAGCCUUACACGCCGCCGUCGCCAGCCGCCACCAGUGGGAGCAAGGACGCCGGAACCAUUCUUUCUUGCUCCAUCUUGCGACUUGUGCCUUGCGAGGCGCUUCUCUCUGCCUCUCUCACGUGAGCAACCCUUUCUUAGCUACUGACUACCAUUUUUGUAUGAAGCUAACCCACAAAGAUGAUCCAGUGAAGAGUUUCUGAGGGGUUUAUUUGGGUACUACAAUGUAACAAGUUCACAAUCCAAUAGAGUGUUUUUUUGUGGGUCCACCAUUGAUGAUUCUCACUUCACUCUUUGAAGCAUCACCGUUUCCCCUAUUUGCGCUUCGGCUAUCUUUCUUUCCUCUUCUUCCAAAUCAGAUCAUAAGGAAUGGUAAAAUUCACGAUAAGUAAGGGCAGAUAUACGUAUACCCAUGAUCAGAAAUAUCCCUGCGAAAAUGUCGACAUACACCACAUAAUUUUGAAGAGUGGUAGGGCAAAUUAUGUCUUUGUAUACACCUCAGCGGUUCUUGUAUUAGCUUCUGCCUUAUAUCUCUAUAUUCUUGGGGAAAAAUCAAUUAGUAUUGUAUAUUACAGCCUGCUUUUCGACAUAUUUCUUGUCAAGUUAUUGCUUCGAAAGCCUGUUAAGAAAGAGUCUGUUGUAAUUAUGCCAGCUUUUGGAGUACAGCUUGAGACUCACUACAUGAGUGGAAAAAUCGUUAGAUGCUUUGUUCCCAUUGACAAGAUUCUGAAACCUGUUCUAGUAGAAUGUGUGACACCAGUGACUUGUUACUGGACACUAUCGUUGAUGAUUCGUGGGGAAUCGGAAAUGGUAUUAGUUUUCAAGAGCUUGCAUCCACCAGUGAAAAUGCUGGUCCAUGUAUGGAAGGCCCUGUGUGCUGCAACUGAUAUUAAGGAAGAGGCUUUGAACACAUGCACAACCAACAAUUGAUAGCUAUGAUGUAGUGAUUCAGGACCUGUUUGAAAUAAUCUCAAAGUUCAUAGUUCGGGAAGUAUACAUUUUUGGCAUUUCUGGCCAUCUACCGAGGGCUAAUCAACUAGAUUGUUGUGCCAUAAAUUAGGUAGGUUGCAUAAACAGGAAUGUUUCGUGACAUGACAUGACAUAGCUGUACAUGCUGAAUAUUAUUGCCAAGAGAAUGUUUCUAUGCGCAUUAAACAACUUUACAUGUAUCGUUAUCUUAGCGAUCAAAUUGGACCUCUCAUUAUACACCAUGUAAAAUGACGUUGAAUCGGUUAUAUAUCUAUCUAUAUACAAUCAUCUAUAGCACGGUUGUCUAUC